AUGGAUUAGCAAGAUUAAGACUCAUUAUUGGAAAUCUCUGAUUCUGAUCGAUUAACCAGCAUGCUCCUCUCCAACAAUUUAACUGACAUCUUUUUGAAUGAUUAUUAUAGCAAAUUUAAGAAUAGCUAAAACAUCCUUGAGCCAUCUAUGACCAUGUCAAGAGUAUCUCAAUUGGAUAAAAUGUCAGAAGACAAUUCUAAUGUUACUCAUAUGAAAGUGGUUCAUGCAUCUGACAGACUUGUGAUUGAAAUCUAAAAAAAUUAAUUAUUAGAGAAUAAGUUGGGUUAAUAAGCAAAAUUGAUUUAAGAUCUAUAGGAAUAAAUAGACUCAAAGGAAUUGUAAUUACAAGAAAGUAUUUAAUUGUGUGAGUAACUUUAAUCACAAGUAGAAAAAUCAGAAAAAAUCAACAAAUAAAAAUCUAAAGAAAUAUCAGAACUUAAAUUUGUUAUCAAUUCCCUUUCUAAAAGAUUGAAUUUCACCAAUCUAAAACAAGAAACCCUUCAAUCCUCAAUGGAGUGCCUCUCUUUUCGACCCUCAUCACAGCCAAGAGGAAAUAAGGCACAUAAUAAUCACCAUUCAUAUUCAUCUUCUAGAGCAUAUUUCCAAAAGAUUCUCACAGAAGACACACCGAACAUUUCAAAUGACAAAAUUGUUAAGGAUAAAGUCUUAUCCUUUUUGAAUACUAAACUUAAGGAUACGAAAUAAACUGAAAAAAAUGAUAUCAAAAAGGAAAAGUAUUACAGAUCAUAAUCCAAUUUUUGGUCCAGUCUAACCACAUCACCAAAUCCAAGUAAAAGCAAUCAUACAUAAAACAGUAUUUCAGUUGGUAAAUCACAAUUAUCUGAUAAGAAAAUCGAAAAUACUCUCACUCUAUUAAAAGCAAUUAAGAUAUAAUGCAAUCAAUUUUAGAACCACAAAAAACUAUACUGA